AUGUCCUACAAAAUCACCACCGACUCCACCCUCUCCCCACCCUCCGCAAACGCCAUGAUCUCCUUCAUGGAAUCCUUCUACCAAAUCAGCGACAAUGAAUCCCAGCACGCGCAAUACGUCGCCAGCUUUACACCCGACGCAACCCUGAUCAUGGGGCCCAAGGUCGCCAACGGAGCGGACGAAAUCCUAAGCCUGCGCCACGGUCUCUGGACGCAUGUAGCGUCGAGGAAACACUCCCCCCAGAAGAUCUAUUUCGGGGGCGCGAGGGAGCUCAUGCUGUAUGGGACGGUGAGGUAUGUGCUAAAGGCGGAGCCGGGGAGGGAGGUGGAGGUCCCCUGGGCGGGGAGGGUGGUUUUCGAUGAUAAUGAGGGGGAGGGGUUGAGGAUGAAGUUUUAUCAGGUUUAUUUGGAUACGGCUGCGCAGUCGGGGAAGAAAUGA